AGUGAUCAAGGUAGCAAGCUUUAAAAUAUGUGCAGCAAUGUAGAAUUACUGAAGUCAACUUUAAAUAGGGUCACGGAUGAUCCCAAUAUAGAUGUACAUACAGGCUAUCCUAGGAUUGAUCGGUCUAAUGAUAGAUCAACGGAUUAUAAUGUGCGAAACGCGAACAGAUUGCCGGAACCUGGUGUUCUCUUCUCCAGUGGUAGCACUGCACAUGACCAUAAAAACCUCUUAGUAAACCGGUAUACCAAAACCAUUGAUAAAGGUAACUUAUGCGGAGCUUCACCAGAUUUUCACUAUGUGGAUGAACUCCGAUCAAGACUUCCUAAUUCAAAAUAUAAUGGCUCACGUCCUGGAGCGUUUUUUCCCUGGCCAAGAUACAUGGCAGGCGAAAAAAUAGAAAAACUUAGUCGAAGUUUAUCAUCUAGUUCUUUAAUCGGGAUUGAAAUGGAACGUCGUCCACCAACAAAUCUUCCUGGACCUAUUAAAAUGGCAUUUGGUCGUGCUGCUCCUGGUUAUUAUGCUCAAAGAUAUCCAAAUGAAGAGACAUGGUUUAAUUCAAAUGUAUUGCAUAACCGUGUAUCAAUACCCAGAUUCGGUUCACCAUCACGUACACUGGACAACUAUGAAGUAUGCGAUACAAGAUUAAAACAAUAUUUAUCUGAAUUGAAUGAGUUGACAGAAUAUCAGGAUAAAUAUUUAGCACAUACACCAUCAGUUAAAAAACCAGUCAGAUAUUAUUAGUUUCAGAAAACACAAAAAAGGAUAAUAAUUUUUAUUUUUAUAAUGUAUAAACAGUUAAUCCAGAGAAAUGUUUAAUUUCUGUUAAAACACAUUAUAGCUUAUGUAAAUAGUCUUACGCAAAAAGAGAAACACUGAUCAAUUUUCAAGUGCCUUUUGUUUAACUGCACAUGAAUAAAGCGUAAUAUAUUUAAACAUGUUUUUUCCCCCAAGAAGUUUAAAUGAUUCAUAGAUAAAAAAAAUUAUAUUCGUAAAAUCUCUCAGCGAGAUUGAAAUGAUUACUUCCAACGCUUCGUUCGACAAUCUGAUCCGAACUUCUUCAGGGAAAUUCAUAGAAAUUAACAUAACAGAGGUUGAUAUCUAUAACAGGAACAUCUCUUGUUUUUAAAAACUUUGUUCAAUCAUAUGAGUCAUGAAACAGGUAUCAACAUGUAUAAUAAACAAAAUUGUAUGAGCUGUGAUCAGAAUUUG